UAUAGCCAGUGGUCAGAUUUCUGAGUAUAUUGGGCGCAAAGGGUCUUUAAUGAUCGCCACCAUUCCUAAUGUCAUCGGCUAGCUUGCCAUAUCAUUUGCCAAACUGCUUUGUUUCUUCCGCAAUUUUUAGCUGGUGCCGAAUACGGAUUUGGUCAAAGGUCCUCAGCCCAUGGAAGUAGCUCAAGUGGAGCCGGCGAGUACAGUUGAUAAUCAGCCAGUGGAGGAGCCUCCAACAAUGAAAUUCACUUGGACAAUUGAGAGCUUUUCUAGGUUGCACACCAAAAAGCACUACUCUGACAUGUUCAUCGUCGGUGGUUAUAAAUGGCGGAUACUGAUUUUUCCUAAAGGAAACAAUGUGGACUACUUGUCAAUGUAUUUGGAUGUAGCGGAUUCGCAGGCUUUGCCUUAUGGUUGGAGUAGAUAUGUGCAAUUCAGCUUGGCUAUAGUUAAUCAGAUUCACAACAAGUACUCAAUUAGAAAGGGGAAAGGACUGCCCUGUUUCUGGCUGAAUGCAAUGAAGAACAAUGACAUGCUAUCUGAGGAGAGCAGCCAAGUGUAGACUUCAAAAAGAUUAGUGCCUCAUGUUCACCAGUUCAAGGGUAGCAGCUCCAGGUACACAUAAAUUUCCCUUUUUCUCUUAAAUAGAAAAUUACUGCAACAUUCUUUAAAUGUCUCUCAAACUUGGGUUAAGUCCACUAUCUGCACCCCUCAAAUUAAAUUGUACAAGAACCUGAAUCUAGUUUCAGAUCUAGGACAUCAAAAAGGUCUAAAACUCACUGUGGUGAAUUUUGUUGUUGUUUGAUAGUGUUAGUGCACAAACUGGCUGCUUAUAAAUAUCUCUCUGGUGUUCUAUUUUCAGAGUGCAUCACACAUCAUAUUCAGUCUCUUAAGGUAAGUUCUAAGUUUGAAUUGGAUGUUUGAAUUGGUUAAUGACUUAAUGGGUAGUUGGGUACUGAAUCUAUUUCAAUAUUUUGCAAUUGGAUUGAACAAUUGGAGUAUUGGACAAUUUGAACUUUGAAGAGAAGAAUUUGUUCUUCAGUGAUUCACUUCUUCGUAUCUGUUUGAAUGAGUUUGCUACUUCUAAUUUUGGUACUUAGUCUUGAUUUGGAUGAGUUAGCUACUUCUAAUUUUGCUUAUUUACGUGAGUUUUUCUAUUUGGCUGAGAUUGAUUUUGUUUUGUGUUUUCCUCUUGUAAAUCAUAGUGAUUUUCAUUGCUGGUAGUCUGGUACAUAUGAUAUGCUGCUUUCCUUUUCGUAUUGUAUGAUGACGAGUUAAGUACAAGGUUAGUACAGGUCCAAAAUGAUGAUGCUUAUUAUAUAUGAAGCUUGUCGCCUCCAUUGCUUAAUGUCUAAAAUAAGAGAUCCCAGGUCUGUUAGUGUUAGUUAACGCUCUGCUGGUUCAUUUUUCAUUUUUGUAAGUUGCCGUUUCAAUUGGUUAAUGCUCUAUUGCUCUACCAU